UGCCCAUAUAUAGGUACGUGCUCGCCGAGCGGGUGGGGGGAAGAGAGGAACUCGCAGUGAAAUUCACUUUGCUGAAACUGAUCAAAGAGCGUAGCCACUUCGCCGUUGCCUGUGUUCAAAGCGACGUUAGAAAGCCUUGAGCAACAUGUCUAGUAAGCAGUUUAACAUCGGACCCGCUUACGGUCUAUCAGCAGAGGUGAAAAAUAGAAUUGCUCAGAAAUAUGACCCUCAGAAGGAGGAAGAGCUGCGAGUCUGGAUUGAGGGGAUCACUGGGAAGCAGAUUGGGGACAACUUUCAGAAAGGUCUGAAGGAUGGUGUAAUCCUUUGCGAACUCAUGAACAAAAUUAUGCCCAACUCUGUGAAGAAAAUCAACCGGACAGCUUUAAACUGGCAUCAGCUCGAGAAUUUGUCCAAUUUUAUCAAAGCGAUGCAGAAUUAUGGUAUCAAACCACAUGACACGUUUGAGGCCAAUGACCUUUUUGAGAAUGGGAAUCUAACCCAGGUACAGACAGCACUGCUGGCCCUGGCAGGGAUGGCGAAAACAAAGGGAGUGAAUGCUGGAGUUGAUAUUGGUGUCAAAUAUGCCGACAAACAGCAGCGUUCUUUCAAUCAGGAGACUUUGAAUGCAGGACAAUGUGUCAUUGGGCUUCAGAUGGGGACCAAUAAAUGUGCCAGCCAGACUGGAAUGAGCGCCUACGGUACUAGACGACAUCUUUAUGAUCCAAGGUCCCAAAUCCCUGCUUCAAUGGACCAGUCAACUAUUAGUUUACAGAUGGGGACCAACAAAGGAGCAAGUCAGGCUGGUAUGACUGCACCAGGCACCCGAAGACCCAUUUAUGAUAAGAAGCUAGGCACUGAACAGUGCGACAACAGUACAGCUUCUCUGCAGAUGGGCAGCAAUCAAGGAGCCAACCAGAGCGGCACCAACUUUGGCCUAGGCCGCCAGAUCUACAAUCCCAAGUAUUGUCCAAAUGCUGGGCCUGGACUGAAUGGAAGCAAUUCGGAUUACAGUGCAGAGCACUGCCCAGAAAAUGCUGCUAUUUAUCCUGGACAAUAUGACUGAAUUCAUCGCUGCAACAUGGUAACGAGGGAAAAAGCAACUCGCUGUCCAGCUUCUACAUGUGGCCAACUGCUUGUGGCUAAAAUCCCCUAUAUCACACAUGAACUGUUCCUAAAUGCGUCUCUAUUUCUGAUUUUUACUUUGGAUGUUGACUAUGGGCAGAAUCUUUAGCUUGGUGGGCAGGCGCGCUAAGUUUAGUUUGAAAUUGCGUGAGGCGACGUUGGGUGAGCGUCCCGAUGUCAUCUCACGCAUGCUAUUUCAGUCGGUGGGCGUGCCUGGUGACAAUUAAGAGGCCAAUUAAGGUCAUUAAUGGCACAGUUCUCUAAUUUUAUGUUGCCCGUCCAACCUAGCGAUUGGCAGAUGGGCGAAUGGACCAGGCGGACUUUGUACUUUUCGUGAAACCUCAUCGUAGGGCGGGAUGAAGUUUCCAUUAUUAAAUGAAAGAAUUUUAUUUUUCUAUGGACAGCAUUUUUAUCAUGUAUAUGUUCAGGUGACUGAUUGUGAUGUUUGGGCAUUUUUUUUUCUCCUGAUUUUUAAAACAUUUAUUUGAUGCUUUUCGGGUCUGCAGCACCCGCCCUCCUCCUGCUCCAACCCCGGUAGUGCUGAGCGUCUCAGUGCACACUUCAUGCUGGCUGGUUAUUAAUUGGCCAGCCAGCAUGAAAUCGUGGUUGGGGCCGAUCACAGUCGGUGGUCCGUUCCCUGGCCGAUCAUGCCUGUCUGCCAACCUAAAAAUUCUGCCCCAUAAGUUGGUUUUAAACCUUUAUUUUAACUUGCAUUUUAAUCCUGCAGUGAUCAAGCAAAGGAAAAUGUUUUUUUUAAAGUCCGUUUCUUUAAAAAAAAUUAAAGCAAGGUUUCAUUGAAGUCAAGUUGAAGUAACUGACAACUUGAGAGGGAAUGUGGGGGAAAAAAAGCUGCAGUAAAGCGUGAUGCUGCUGAAACAUUGUUUAGAGAUUGCCCUUAGACCCACUUCAGUAAUUGUGGCUCAUUGUCAAUGUUGUCUCCAUUAACAGUUUAGCACAGCACAUUUUGUGAUUUUUUUUUUAUGUAUGGAUCCUCUCUUUCCAGAAGAAAGUGACUGUGUUCUGGAAUUUCAAUGUCUCCAAGGACCAAUCACUCAUGGGUGGGAAAAUGCAGCCACCUGUUUCCAAUUUUUCCACCCUGCCAACUCCAAUAACGAUCCAAGACCAUUGUGUUUACAUUUUUUUUUGUUGUUGUUGCUUUUAAAAACAAACUGGAUUCUUUUCAAAUCUGACUAACAUUCCAAGGAUUAGGAGUGUGGAGAUUGCGUAUAGGCUAAACCCUCAAUAUGAAGCUUUGCACAGUGCUUGGGUGUGUGAGCUACAGAGCUUUGGUUUUUCAAUACAGCGCAAGACGAUUCUUUAACAAUGAAACUUUUUUUUUAUAUUGUUCCCCCCCAAUGUCUGGUCUCAUGAUUUUGACCAAUACCUUUCUUACAAAGCUUGGAUUAUAGUUACUGCUAAGCCUACUGAGUUUCAGUACAAUAAAUUAUGUCUGUUUUGCUUAUUGUGCGACACUCUUCAUACCAUCUUUCUCAACUUGCUGCAAACCCUUAACAUGCACUUGUAGCCCUUUUGUAGUAUAUUCAAGGGCCAUAGCUUGAAACACCCAAAUUGGAAGCACAGGAUUCAGAACUGAACUGGGAAUUUUACAGUUCAGUGUGAAAUUAUCACAUACCACUGCACGCCAUGUGGUAUUGGCAAUGUCAGAAAAGAAAGUUCCAGAAGACUGUUUGCUCUUGGGCUUAGAGAGACCCACAGAUGGAGAGAAUAAUUGCCACAUCCCCAGUGAGGCAUCCUGAAAAUAAUAUCCACACCCAGGGGCAGGAAUCUAUAUCAGCAUCAUUUUCAUUACACACUCUUAGGAUAAUGAUUCUUCCUAACAGCCACAAUUUGAUAUCAUAUUGCAAAUUAAAGGCUUCAACUCUAGGAGAAUCCGCUUGAUUUACUUUACUCCAUUUUCCCAUGUAUUCUGCUAAACGGGCAAUUGAACUGCUCCUAUAUAAUAGAGAAUAUUGUGCCUGCAGACUUUAGUGCCUCUCCUGUGGAUCACUCCUCACCAGUGAAGUGUCCUCUGUACUGUGUGUGCAGAUUAUUUGUAACUCUUUAGUUAUUAAAUGGUUUUUGUAAUUUU